AUGGCCAAGCUCAGUGACAGAAACAGCAAGAAAAGUGUAAGUGACAUUGUGAAGUUCAAAUUAGUGGAGAAGUUUCAGAAGAGACUCUUACCGGGGAGAAACAAAGAAGGGUCUGUCUCAAACUCAACCUACGUGCCAGAUGACGUGAAGGAAGGACACUUCGCUGUGAUUGCCGAGAGUGGAGGGGAACAAAAAAGGUUCGUGCUGCCACUAAGUUGUUUAUCCAACCCUGCGUUUUUGAAGCUGUUGGAGCAAGCAGAAGAAGAAUACGGAUUUGAUCAUGAAGGUGCAGUGACCAUUCCUUGCAUGCCUAGUGAGCUUGAGAGGAUACUGACUCAGCAAUGGCAUCAAGAAGGAACUCAAACUACUGGUGUAAGAAAGAGUUGUAGAAAAUCCAUGGUAUUUUAG